UGGACGCGGCGCGCGUGGUCCCCGCGGCCUGGCGCACUCGCGGGGCUCCGUGCGCCUGCAAGCGGCGCGUCGCCUCCCCACGCCGGAGCAGCGUGUUGCAGCAGGAGCUGCGGGUCCAGGAGAGCAGCGGGAGCAGCGGGCGCGGGCGAACAGCCCGGGAGCAUGCCCGCGCAGCCCCGCUGAAUGGCGCCUCCCGUGAGCCCGGGGAUGCUGCCCCUGCUGCUGUUGCUGCUACUGCCGCCGCUCGGCUCGGUUCCAGGCGUGUGGAGCUUUAGCGAACUGUUUUUCAUGAAAGAACCACAGGAUGCAACAGUCACAAGGAAAGACCCAGUCGUUUUAGAUUGCCAGGCUCACGGAGAAGGCCCCAUGAAGGUCACAUGGUUGAAAAAUGGAGCAAAAUUGUCCGAAAAUAAACGGAUCCAGGUUCUAUCUAACGGCUCUCUAUACAUCAGUGAGGUGGAAGGCAGGAGGGGAGAGCAAUCGGAUGAAGGAGUUUAUCAGUGCUUGGCAGUGAACAAAUACGGGGCCAUUCUUAGUCAGAAAGCUCACCUGACGUUGUCAACUAUCUCUGCAUUUGAGGUCCAUCCAGUGUCUACUGAAGCCCAUGAAGGAGGAGUUGCUAGAUUUUCAUGCAAGAUUUCAUCAACUCCCCCUGCAGUCAUAACAUGGGAAUUUAAUAGAACAGCCCUGCCUAUAACCAUGGACAGGGUGACUGCCCUGCCAUCAGGAGUGUUGCAGAUCUAUGACGUUGGCCCGGAGGAUGCUGGGAAUUACCGCUGUGUUGCAGCUACUAUAGCUCAUAAGCGGAAAAGCAUGGAGGCCUCGCUAGCCAUAGUUGCAGCUAAUGAGACCAGAUCCUUCUACAUGCCAACCAUUAUAGCCAGUCCACAGAACGUAACCGCGUCUCUACAUCAGACAGUUGUGCUAGAGUGUAUGGCCACAGGAUAUCCCAAACCCAUCAUUUCCUGGAGCCGUCUUGAUCACAAGUCCAUUGAUGUCUUCAACACUAGGGUACUUGGAAAUGGCAACCUCAUUAUAUCAGAUGUCAAGCUGCAGCAUGCUGGAGUGUAUGUUUGUCGGGCCACCACCCCAGGCACACGCAACUUCACAGUUGCUAUGGCAACAUUAACUGUAUUAGCUCCCCCUUCAUUUGUCGAAUGGCCUGAAAGUUUAACAAGGCCACGAGCUGGCACUGCACGAUUUGUGUGUCAAGCAGAAGGAAUUCCCUCACCCAAAAUGUCCUGGUUGAAAAAUGGGAGAAGAAUACAUUCAAAUGGCAGGAUUAAAAUGUACAACAGCAAAUUGGUCAUUAAUCAGAUUAUCCCGGAAGACGAUGCUAUCUAUCAGUGCAUGGCUGAAAACAGCCAAGGAUCUGUUCUGUCUCGAGCCAGACUGACCGUGGUAAUGUCGGAAGAUAGACCCAGUGCUCCUUACAACGUUCAUGCUGAGACCAUGUCGAGCUCUGCUAUCCUUCUGGCUUGGGAGAGACCACUGUACAAUUCAGACAAGGUCAUUGCCUACUCUGUGCACUACAUGAAGGCAGAAGGUUUAAAUAAUGAGGAAUAUCAGGUGGUCCUUGGAAACGACACAACUCAUUAUAUCAUCGAUGACUUGGAACCCGACAGCAACUAUACUUUCUACAUUGUGGCGUACAUGCCGAUGGGAGCCAGUCAGAUGUCGGAUCAUGUGACACAGAACACGCUAGAAGAUGUGCCCCUAAGACCUCCCGAAAUUAGCUUGACAAGUCGAAGUCCCACCGACAUUCUCGUCUCCUGGCUGCCAAUCCCGGCCAAGUACCGGCGGGGCCAAGUGGUGCUGUACCGCCUGUCCUUCCGCCUGAGUACUGAGAACGCCAUCCAAGUUGUAGAACUCCCGGGGACCGUGCACGAGUACCUUCUGGAAGGCCUGAAGCCAGACAGUGUCUAUCUGGUUCGGAUUACUGCAGCUACCCGCGUGGGGCUGGGAGAGUCGUCGGUGUGGACCUCACACAGGACGCCCAAAGCCACGAGCGUGAAAGCCCCGAAGUCUCCUGAACUGUAUUUGGAACCACUGAAUUGUACUACCAUCUCUGUGAGGUGGCUGCAAGACACGGAGGACCCGGCCGCCAUUCGGGGCUACAAGCUGUUUUACAAAGAGGAAGGGCAGCAGGAACACGGACCUAUCUUCCUAGACACCGGUGACCUGCUGUAUACGCUCAGUGGCUUGGACCCCAGAAGAAAAUACCAUGUGAGGCUCCUGGCUUACAACAACAUGGAGGACGGCUACCAGGCCGACCAGACCGUCAGCACUCCAGGAUGCGUAUCCGUCCGUGAUCGCAUGGUCCCUCCACCACCGCCACCCCACCAUCUCUACGCGAAGGCUAAUACCUCCUCUUCCAUCUUCCUGCACUGGAGGAGGCCUGCGUUCACCACCGCCCAAGUCAUUAACUACACCAUCCGCUGUAACCCUGUUGGCCUGCAGAAUGCCUCUCUGGUUCUCUACCUGCAAACGUCAGAAACCCACAUGCUGGUUCAAGGACUAGAACCAAACACCAAGUAUGAAUUUGCUGUCCGGCUGCAUGUGGAUCAGCUGUCCAGUCCUUGGAGUCCCGUGGUCUACCAUUCUACAUUGCCGGAAGCACCCACAGGACCCCCAGUAGGGGUAAAGGUGACCCUGAUAGAAGACGACACUGCCCUUGUUUCCUGGAAACCCCCAGAUGGCCCAGAGACAGUGGUGACACGCUACACCAUCCUGUAUGCUUCCAGGAAGGCCUGGAUUGCGGGAGAGUGGCAGGUCCUUCACCGUGAAGGGGCAAUCACCAUGGCUCUGCUGGAAAACCUGGUGGCAGGGAACGUGUACAUUGUCAAGAUAUCUGCGUCCAACGAGGUGGGAGAAGGGCCCUUUUCAAAUUCCGUGGAGCUGGCCGUCCUCCCCAAGGAUGCUUCAGAGUCGAACCAGAGGCCCAAGCGUUUGGAUUCUUCCGAUGCCAAAGUUUAUUCCGGCUAUUACCAUCUGGACCAGAAGUCAAUGACGGGCAUCACAGUAGGCGUUGGCAUAGCCUUGACCUGUAUCCUCAUCUGUGUUCUCAUCUUGAUAUACCGAAGCAAAGCCAGGAAGUCUUCCGCCUCUAAGACAACGCAGAGUGGAACCCAGCCAUUAUCCCGAGCCAGUGCCUCUGUAGCAUCAGGGAGUGACAUGGGGAAGAACCUGGAGAGAGCCACGGAGAAUGCAGAGUCCUUGAUACCCAUGAUGCCCAGCAGCUUCAUUGAUGCGAAGGGAGGGACUGACCUGAUCAUCAAUAGCUACGGUCCUAUAAUUAAAAACAACACUAAGAAAAAGUGGCUUUUUUUCCAAGACACUAAGAAGCUCAAAGUUGAACAGACUCAAAGAAAAUUUACUCAGACCGUCUGCUUUUACCAGCCGGGCACCACCGUGCUGAUCAGCGAUGAAGACUCCCCUGGCUCCCUGGGCCAGACCGCCAGCUUCCCAAGACCUUUUGGGGCUACUACCCUUGACACCGAGCAUUCAGCGAACAGUGAAGGCAGCCAUGAGACGGGGGAUUCCGGAAGGUUUUCCCAUGAGUCCAAUGACGAGAUACACCUGUCCUCCGUCAUCAGCAGCACGCCCCCCACCUCGAAUCCCCUCGCUGGUGGCGAUUCUGAUGGGGAAGCUGCGCUGCGGGACCACGGAGACCCUGCGCAGCCCUUGCCAGCUGAGCAGCCCUCAGCUCCGCAGCCGACAUCGGCAGGGCUGCGACAUGCUGCCGAGGGUUUUCCGGUCUAGACAGCCAUGCUCAGGAAUUCACAACAAGCAUCUGUUCGAAGGACAAUGAGCAGGGAGCCAAAGCCUUUUGUGAAAAUCUUGAUGUCUUACUGUUUAUUGUUUGUUUGGUUUGGUUUUUAAUCUUUUUUUUUUUUAAUUAUUUUUAAGCUCACGAAUUUUGAAUGUUUCAAUUGUCAACAAUGUGAAAUGGGGCAGUCAAGAUGCUUGACUGGACUCUUAAGAUAAAUCACUGGAGCGGAGGGAAGACUGUCUAGCCCUCUGCUGAAUAGCUACCUCAGUUUGCUGUGGGCAGACUCUGAAGACAACUGUGCUGCCUUCUUCGAGUGCUGGUUUCUCUCAGCAGCAUAACCAGUGGGACUUGCUAGUGACGCUGUGUGUCCGUUGUGUGUGUGAUGUGUGUGACUGAAGGAGUCCGAUAGGUAGAAGAGGAAGAAUGUUGGUCUGAAGCUCUGAUUUUUUUUUUUUUUUUUUUUUUUUAAAGAACCGUGAUAAUGUAACACCUCUCUCUGGCUGUGAGGAGAAAAUAUGGGAGUAUAUUUAUUUGAAUGGAAGAAACAAAUACGUCUCUUUGGAGAAGAGAACCACUCCAUAGUACACAGGGGAUCGUGUCCUUGCAAAGCUGAUGGGUUUGGGGCACCAGAGCAAGAGAAUUUUGCUCCGGCCUACACCAGCCUGCACUCAUCCUGCAAAGCCACCUUUUCCUUUGUCCCACAGCGGACCAACAGCGGCGCUGUCUCUUGUGGAACGUCUUCAAAGUUUACAGAGCUAGCUGCAAAAUACAAUGUAGGAAAGUGGAUUUUUUUUUUUUAAAUGGUUCAGAUUUUCUUUUUUAAAAUCUCAGUUUGGCUUCAAAUGGGGCAAAGAAGAAACGUUAUUAAAGAAUAUUAAGAAUGAAGAUAAGCGAAACAGUAGAGAUUAAGACAAACUUAAGGUUUUCAUAAUAACAGUGCCUUCCAUUGUGAGAAAUUUUGCCUUAUACCUUUUUAAUAUUCACGAAGAUGUUUAGGAAAAAAGGUACCACAAAUUUGCCUUAAAAAAAAAAAAAAAAAAGCUUGGAUCUUAGCGAUAGCUGUGCUAUCUGUCACCUUGCUGGAGUUGUUCUCUUUUUGAAGCUCAGGUUCCCUCCCCAUCACCCGUGCGGCUGAACUCUGGCUUGGUAGCCCACUAACACCAGAAGUGAAUUUAUCCUCUGGUUUAAAAUCAACAAAUCGUUUCCUCCUCUGGUCGGGCAGGCCUUCUCCGUCACCAGGCAACACGCUAGGUGCCGAGCCACGUGGGAGGGACAAAGACUGAGCCGUGAGAAGUAGGAACAAGCCUUUUAAAAUCAUGAGUUUUGCCCUCCCCGCAAUAUUUUUUUUGGAAGUGGCUUUUGAGUUGCGUUUUAAAAGAAGAACCCCUCCGUGGGUUUUCCCUUGAAACCGUCCCUCCAUGCACAGACAGGGCAGGUCCUGCCAGAUGGUGUUAUCACCCCGGUGUCAUCUAUUGCGAAGGCCUGCCGCUGCCACAGUUUUCAUCGUGAUUCUAAGUUUUGUGCCAAAUUGGACUUGCUUAGAAGCCCAGGCACCACUUCUCAGAACAGUUCUGUCCCGUUCACCGUGGGCUUCUCGGCAAAAUGGGGGAAAAAAAGAAAAAAGAAAGAAAAAAAAAAAAAGCAGAGCUUUAGGUGAACAAUCGGAGGCGAGAAAAUGGCUUCCUUCCCCUGCCUUCGCGCUCCUGUUUAUACUACCUCCUUUUAAAGUUAUUCUAGUGUUAUUGUUCUUUCCUGUACUCAGGGACUUUUUUGUUACUCUUGAGCUCAUGUUGCAUGGGCGGGUGCAUUGACAGGGUAUGGUGUUCUUUGGUUCGUAAGUAGAAGUACGUGGGCCAACUUCUCUCAGUAUCUAAAAUGAAGGGGCACAAUGGGAUGGAUCACAAGUCAGAAGCAAACCGAAUGGAAAGGAGAAACCAGGUUUAGGGCCGUGCAUAUUUAAGCCAUGUUCCCUGCCUGGGUCAUCCGAAAGGCUGUGACCGGACAUUCCCGGAAGAACGUGCGCUGUUUCCUGAUGAAUAGGCCCUUAGUUAUGAUAGAUCUUUAGCUUAUAAUUAUUUGCUAGUUCAUUUUUGUUCUUAUACAGACUUCUCUGUCAAUUCUGUUACCAAAGAAUUUUCAAUUAGACAGUAAAAUUUCUAUGACAAGUACCUUAAAUCCAAUUCACUAGAAACAGAUAUAGACUCGAACACAAGCAAUUUCUAACCCUAAUCUGGAGGGUUUAUAUUGAUAGUUAAAAUUAAUUAGGUUAGUGACAUAAACUACCUUACUGUCACCAGAGAGUUUAAAAUAAAUUGUUGUAAUUUCCUUGCCAGCAGAUAGUUACAAACUAAACUGUAAGGUUUUUUUUUUUUUUCUUCAGCAAGUAAAGAAACCAACUCUAUAGUAUUAAUGUAUUUUCAAAUUGUUGAAAUUACUUGUUGGAGAGAAAAAAAAUAAAUAUUACUACUAAUUUCACAGACUAAGGUAUUUAAUGUUCAACAGAGGCUUUUGGCUUGGUGAAAGCCAGCUUCUUUGAAGUCUGAAGUACGAAAUUCUAACUAAAGUGUGAAGGUUAUCAUGUCUUCCUCAGGGUUUCAUUAUUCAUCAUAUUCAACUCCAAAUAAGCUGACAUGCAAAUUAGGAAUUGUUUCACUUUACAAAACCAGAUUUUCUGGAAGUGGUGGUAACCUGGCUGCCUGUCAUUUUUAUUGUCAAAUAUUACAAUAUACUGCUCAUCGGUAUUUUCAUACCAAAGACCAUUAAAAUAUAUAGUUUAGCCUGUAAGUAAAGAUGAGCAGGUUUAAAAUAAAUUUAUUUAGAAACAGAUAGGGAAUAUAGCUUUAGUGGCAAAAAAGAAAAUAUCAAAAGGCUAAGUUUACAUAGUUAAAAGCAAUACAGUUAUAUUGGUAUUUAUCAGUGUUUUUUAUUCGAGUACUUUAUAUCAGCAAAUUAAAAAGAAAUUAAAAACCAAAGAUAUUUAAGGUUACCUCAGAAUAUAGGAAAGUUUAGCUGUACAUUGAACUGUUGUUUGUUGUUUUGUGUUAACACACUGUCUCUCCAGAACCUCUCCUCUGUGUGCAGACAGCGUCCUGAGGCUUUCCAUGGCGUCUGCUGACUCAGCCACAGGUCUGUUUUUACUAAGAGCUGUGCUCCUUCCAUACAGCCUGCGAGGAUGACAGGCCAGCCAAGAGAGCAGCAGGCUGUCGGUACCGUGGGAAGCCCUACAGCGUCCUAGAUAGUCUGCAUUCCUUGUAAAGUCGUCCUGUAGCUACUCGUACAGCUUGAGGAAAGCAAAAGGUGCCACUGUUCGGGUGGGCAGUGCUUUGGGCUCAAGUUCGGUUCCUAAGUCGUAAGAUUUUCAUUGCGUCGAAAAGCCGGGCUUUCGAUCUCAAGUGGAAACCUGUUCAAGUGCCAGGGGGACGAGCUGCUCCUGAUGUGUUAGAGGCUCUCUUGCCUUGACCUCAGACACGAGCCAUGCGGCAGAGACUGGGGUGUGCACUGUUUGUCUCUUCUGAGGGACUUCUGCAAACAGCAUAAAAGAGGCUCAUAGCCGACCAGUCAGGAGCACCGCUUAAGUCCUUGGAAAGCCGCCAUUGGAAACAGUGCUUCGUGUCAUCGAAGGCUGGGGUGGUUCACUCCUGUACCAAUUGCAGCAGUCGGAGGAAGGGGGCAGCGUGCAUUUUAGGAAAUGCUACUGCACAUGGGUCAGUCAGAGCCCGCUGUAAUUCAUGGUUCGAUUCUGUACAUUUGCAUAUCAUCAGAUGUCCAUUUUGAAUACCAGAUGUGGAAAAAGAGUUCGAACUGUAUUGUAAAGAGCUGGUACCUGAAGCAACCAUGUAUUUUGCAAGAUUUUCUUCCUGAAAAUUUACUACAUGCAUCCUUGAUAAAAAUUGCUU